ACUCCCCCUGACAAAAAAAUAAUUUCAACAGAAAGCUCUUAAGGGAUUAUAAAAACUCUUGUCUGUUUUUUCUUUUCUUUCAUGUGUAUUUCCAUUUAACAUCUUUUUGUAUUGUACUAGUAGUUGAUCUUUUCCGUUACUCUUCCCAUUCGAGGAAACAACAACAAAAAACCUUACCUCUUUUCUUGUUUUCAUCUUGUACAUUAUACUACAUCAAUACAAAAAAUAACAAUCAUGCCGGGCGUCAUGGAUAUUCAACAUUUGCUAUGCGAACCAACAGCAACUGAGCAGCCGUUGUCGCCAACGUCGUAUUCGGCUCCACCACAGCCGCAAGAGCCAGUCAUUGAUCGCUUUUCUGCAUACAGCGCAUUCGAAAAUGACCACCAUUCUCGCGACUACUGGCAACAGCAUUAUUACCAUGACAAAGACGUCCAUGGCAACAGCUGCCGCAGCUGCCGUAGCAACAGUAUCAGCAGCACAAAUAGCAACAGCAGCAUGCCCCCUUCACCACCACCAAUGCUCGUUCGUAGCCGUACAACAAGCGAUGCGUCUUCGCAGGCUUCGGCAAGCCCACGCGAAUGGGCGUAUCCUGCAACACCUAGAGACGAAGACAGCACGCUAUUCCGUUUGGGCUAUGAGCCUUACUAUCUCGUUCCACAGCAGCAGCAGCAACAACAGACUUUGUCGCCAGUUAGCAAUACCACCCAAUGCUAUAGCAGCAACCACAGCAGUUUGUACCCACUUCACGUUGGUAGUGGUGGGGGAGGCGGUCGUUAUCGCGCACCAUCGCAAGGUUCUUCGUCAUCGUCGGCCUCGUCAUCAUCGUCGUCACGACGAUCGAGAUCUACUUCGGCGUCAUCAGUCAAUGCACCAGUGCAAACGCGUAUGGCCUGGACGCCAACAGAAGACGACUUGCUCCAACAAGGGUACGAUGAAGGGUUAUCGUGGGCCAUGAUUUCAGCGACAUACUUGCCUCAUCGUUCACGAGGAUGCUGCUGGGGUCGGUUCAAGACGCUUCAGAGCAAGAACUUGGUUGACCCAAAGCGACAAAAUGCGCGGUUGUUCCGACGACCUUGGAAAGCAGUCGAUGGUGCAAAACGUCAUCAUCACUAAUAAAAACACAUUCCCUUCACAACGAUUCCCUCCCAUCCCCUUCUCUCUCUAUAUCUCUCUCUCUAUCUCUUGUCCCCCCUUAUUCUCAACUGACCUCCUCUUUGUAUCGGUAAACAAAGGGGCA